UGGUAUUUAGUUAGUAAUUGAAUUAUGGGAAUUUAGGCGCAUACAGAUUGCAGUCACGCUGCAUACAAACAAGUCGAAAUUUUCUGUGCGAAACAGCAGCAGCAGCCGCAGCAGCAGCAGCAGCAGCAGCAGCAGCCAGAACCAAGCAGCAGACAAUUGUUGUCAUUGUUGUUGCGAAACAGACGUGGCAAGGAUAUAAAUAACCGCUUCAAGCCAACAAAACCAACCCCAAAGGACGCAACACCAUGGGUGUACCAAAGUUUUUUCGUUAUAUCAGCGAACGGUAUCCGUGUCUCAGCGAAUUGGCGCGUGAGCAUAGCAUACCGGAAUUCGAUAAUCUGUACCUGGACAUGAAUGGCAUUGUGCACAACUGUUCGCAUCCGGAUGACAACAAUAUACACUUUCAUCUGGAGGAGCCGCAAAUAUUCCAGGACAUUUACAACUAUAUCGACAAGCUCUUCUAUCUGAUCAAGCCACAGAAACUGUUCUUUCUGGCCGUUGACGGUGUCGCGCCACGUGCCAAAAUGAAUCAACAGCGCAGCCGGCGCUUCCGUUCCGCCCGCGAGGCCGAGAUGCUUGAGGCGAAGGCGCUGCAGCGCGGCGAACGGCGGGAGCACGAACGCUUCGAUAGCAACUGCAUAACGCCUGGCACCGAGUUUAUGGCCCGGCUGCAGCUGGGCCUGCGCUGCUUUCUGCGCACCAAAAUCUCAACGGAUCCGUUGUGGCAAAAGUGUCGCAUCAUACUCAGCGGCCAGGAGACGCCCGGCGAGGGUGAGCACAAGAUCAUGGACUAUAUACGCUACAUGAAGGCGCAGCCGAAUUUUGAUCCCAAUACGCGUCACUGCCUGUACGGCCUGGACGCGGAUCUGAUCAUUCUGGGCCUGUGCACGCACGAGCUGCAUUUUGUGGUGUUGCGCGAGGAGGUGAAAUUUGGACGCAAUGUGAAACGCACCUCUGUCGAGGAGACGCGCUUCUUUUUGCUGCAUCUGGGCUUGCUGCGCGAAUAUCUGGAGCUGGAGUUCCAUCAGCUGUCGACGCCCGAACAAAAACUGGACGUGGCACAGCUAAUCGAUGACUGGGUACUGAUGGGCUUCAUGGUGGGCAACGAUUUUAUACCGCAUCUGCCCUGCCUGCAUAUCUCGUCGAAUGCCCUGCCGCUGCUCUACAAGACCUACAUACGUAUCUAUCGCCAGCUGGGCGGCAAUAUCAAUGAGCACGGCAAACUGAAUCUGGAACGUUUGGAGCAGUUCAUGCACGCCCUCAGCGAGGUGGAGCUGCAGCUGUUCGAGGAGCACAGCGACGAUCUCAAGUACAUGAAUGCCAAGACCGAGGCGUUCGAUGUGGAUGUUGCCGAGCUCAAGAACGGCAGCUUCGAUGGCUAUAGCGAUGAUCUGGCCGCACUCAUUGACAAUAGCAUGAAGCUUUAUGAGGGCGACAGCGAUGAGGAUUUUGGGGACGAGCAAACGUCAUUGCGUUCCGAAUUCCAGAACUACAAGCGGAACUACUAUCGGAACAAGUUCAAGAACGAGAUGCACAGCGAUCUGAUUGCCGAGCUGGGCUAUCAUUAUGUGACCGCGAUGCAGUGGGUGCUCGACUAUUAUUAUCGGGGCGUUCAGUCCUGGGAUUGGUAUUAUCCCUAUCACUAUGCGCCCUUCAUCAGCGAUCUGACCAACAUCAAGGACAUUCGCAUCAAUUUUAAGCUGGGCAAACCAUUUUUGCCCUUCCAGCAGCUGCUUGCGGUGCUGCCAGCAGCAAGCGUGAGCCUAUUGCCGGCGGCAUAUCACGAUCUGAUGCUCAACCCGAACAGUCCACUGGCCGAGUUCUAUCCGACGGAAUUCGAGAGCGAUCUGAAUGGCAAAAAGCACGACUGGGAGGCAGUUGUGCUGAUACCCUUCAUCGAAGAGGAUCGCCUGCUGAGGGCCAUGUCUGCGUGUGAGCCGCUGCUCAACAGCGAGGAGCGUAAUAGGAAUCGCCACGGGCCGAUGUUUCAAUACGAUUACAGUGCCCAAUCGCAGGGUCCGAUGAAGGCGCUGGCGCCGCUCAAAUCGCUGCAGCACGUCUUCUGCACGGAGCUGGCACGCUGGGCGCACGAGAUUGCGAUCAAUACGCCGCGAACUGUGUGCGUGGAGCUGCCGAAUGCGGCGCGUCACGUCUUCUUUCCCGGCUUUCCGACCAUGAAACACUUGGAGUUUAAUUUUGAUCUGCGCUACGAUCGGGUCAAGGUGUUCGAGCAGGCGAGCCGCAAUCAGAGCAUGGUGUUGCUGCCGAAGCGGCGACAUCAGCAGGACACGCUCACGUCUGUGGCUUCGCAGUAUCUCGGACAGGUGGUGCACAUCGGCUGGCCGCAUUUGAUCAAGGCCAAGGUGGAGAGCGUGGCGACACGCGAUCAAAUCGUCGACAAGGACGGCGUGCGUGCAAACGAAUCGCGAUAUUUUGAAUCCGACUGCAAAGCGCUCGAGGAACACUUUACCAGCCGCAUGGGCAUCAAGUUCGCCAACUACUAUGUGCUCGUCUAUAUACGCACCUAUGCCGGCAGCUCUGUGGAAUUUGGACAGCGUGGCAGCAUAUUUAUGCAGGAUUCGUGGAACAGCUCGGUCACCCCAUAUCCGGCACAGGGCGUUGUCUCCGAUAUCACAGUGCGCGACAAUUUGCAUGUGCAGUUCCGGAAAAUCGAGCAGCUCUUUCCCGUCGGCAGCACCGUUUUCUUUAUCGGCGAACCCUAUGCGGGCAGCGAGGGCACCGUACUGGAUCCCAUGCUUGUCUACAGCUGUGGCCGUGUACAGGUUAAUUUGCGCGUCGGGCCGGAGCCGCAGCUGUUGGCCGCACGCCAGCUGCAGGAGCAACGGGAUCGGGACUACAUGAACUCGUACAAGGUGUGCCGGGAAUUGGAUAUAACCAGCAAAUGUCUGGGCCGGCUGACGGGCACCGUUUGGGUAGUCCUCGGGCCGCGACGCGAGCGCAUGGAGAACGUGUCCAAGCACAAUAUUGGACUGCAGCUAAAGUAUCCGCGUCUGAACGAGGAACGGGCCGGCUACUGUCGCCGCCUAAACAAUCAAUGGUUCUACUCGAGCCUGGCCAUUGAGCUGAUGAGCAGCUAUUGUGAUCGUUAUCCGUCGAUUGUGGACUACUUUAGCAGCAGCAGCGAUCGCGGCGAGUUUAUCUAUGAGGAGGACAUCUUUCCGGACGCCAUCGGCCAGCAUCAUAUCGAGGAUGUUGCCAAUUGGGUGCGCCAGCAGCCGCACAUGAAAGUGGAUCGCAUUACGUGCGGUUCGCGUACCGUCUGCAAGGAGACCGUUGAGCUGCUCCUGGCCGCUGCCGAUGAGCUGCGUCUGUUGCCGGUCAAGAACGUUAAGCUGCAGGUGAAGCCACAUUUGUUGAUCAAACCGAACGUAACGCUGCCGGAUGUCUAUAGGACGCCCGGUGCAGUGCGUCUCUUCGAUCGUGUCGUUGUCGUACGCACCAUUUACAUGGUGCCCGUGGGCAUAACCGGCACGGUAAUUGGCAUACAUCCCGUUAGCGAUCCGAAUCCGGUGCGCCUUGAGUGUCUCAACUCCGUGGAGACCUUCUGUGAGCUGCUCUUCGACAGGUGUGUGGCCAACUGCGGCGACAUCCAUGGUAUUGCCGAUGAGCGUGUCUACAAGGUGCCCGAGAGCGCGCUGGUCAUCAUUAAUGCGAGCGAUGCCAACGAGAAGCAGCAGCCGCCGCCGGCACAAGCUGCGCCCGCUGCUCAGCAGCCGCCGUCGUAUCAGCUGAAGGCGCGCACGGAUGCAAUGCGUCGGGAUUGGCGCGAACAGCAGCAGCCGGGCGGGCGUUUUAUCACUGCCGCCAGCAGCAAAUAUAAUGCGAUCACCAUGAAUACGCACAUUGCCGAUGAGUUCUAUUUGCCCGGCGCCAGCGAUGCGUCGUCAAGCUCUGCUGCCGGCACACAGCCGUCCACAUCUGGCGCGGCGGCACGCUCCUCGACGGCCGUCGCCAAGAAGGAGUCGCAGGUGGUGCAAAACUGGCGCACAAUGUCCACGCAGGCGCCGCUGUCGUUGUCGUCACGCUCAACGCCGCCGGGCCAGGAGCCAGGAGGAGUCAAGCAGCUGGAUCAUGUCCAGCGUAACCAGGCCGCCGCUUCAGCGACGCCGCAUGAUCAAACGCAGGCGCUCAAGCUACUGUUGGGCCUGAAGCCGCCGUCGUCGUCACAGCCGUCGACGGCACAGCAAAUGUCAGCAGCAUUCCCAACGAAUCUGCCGUCGCAGUCGCAUUUUCAGCUACAAUCACAAUCGCAGUCGUUGGCCAACGUUCCGUCCACGUCGCAGCAGCUGCCCCAAGCGCCGCUGCCCAGUCAAAUGCCUAAAUUGCCGCAGCCGCCGCUCUUCUGGCAGCGCGAGGCACAGCAGCAGCAGGCAAAGCUGCAAUCGGAACUGCUGAUAUCCACGCAACAAUGGGAUCAGGGACCGUUGCUGAGCAGCAGCAGGCAGCCGAAUGACGAAGAGUCUCCAGAAGCGCCAGCACCAUCAGCUGAGAGCCUUAUGAGACAGUUGCUGCAACAUCCACAGGCACAGCACCAGAUGCAGCAGCAACAACAACAACAACAACAACUUGCAUCAGAGACAGCUGUGCGCGCGAUUAGGACGCCUCAGCUGGUGCAGGCUGCCACGUUUAUGCCGUCGGGUCUCAGCGGCGGCUACAACAAUAGCCAUCAGCGCUACAACAGCAGCUCGAGCAAUUAUUAUCCCAUCAAUAAUAACAACAAUUACAACAACAGCAGCAACAACAGCAACAACAACAACAGCAACAACAACAACAACAAUACCAGCAGCAGCAGCAGCAGCAACAAUCGGCCGUCCGAUGGCAACUACUACGGCAAUGCCAAUCCGCGUCGCUCGUACACAUCGAUUCAGGACUUUGUGCCCAUCCAGGCCUAUCGGCCCAAGAAGUCGCAGCGUAACGCCCAGCAAAUGCAGGAAAAACUGGAAACGGGCAACAGCAGCGCUGCCAACGAAGUCCAACUCCAGGAGGCGAGCGGCUCAGCAACGGCACAAAAUGCAGGAGAUGAGGCUAGCUCUGAGCUAAUGAGAACGCUCAAGAUAACGCCCCCAGAUUCAGAGGCCAGCACAAGUGUUGCCGCUGUCAAAACUGAGGAAGCGGCUGUUAUUAAGCCAAAGGUGACCAGGAAGCCGCGAGUGCCGCGCAUCGGCGCCAAAUUCGACUUGGAGUACAUCAUGCCCUAAAUGGAACUAGAAAGACUAAAUGAAGAAUCUACGAUAGAACAUUUUUUUAUUUCGUUUCGUUGUUUUUUUUUUUUUUUUAUGUUAUUUUCUUUUUCUUUUUCUUUUACGAUUCUAUUCAUUCCAUUCGCUCAUUUAUUCGCCUAUUCACAUUUGCUGCACACGCCCGCGUUUUGAGGGAAACUCUAAAAUUGCUUUUAGACAAUUAUUUUAUUAUUAUUCUCUGCCGAUAUUAUUUUUUCAUUUCGUAUCUGUUCCGCAUAUGGAAGGCGGCAUCUACUACCGAUUUCUAGACUGUUCUAGGCGUAGAUAUAAAUAGACAUAAGUACUAUAUAGAGCGCUAACUGUAUACUAAUAUAUAUAUAUACGCAUAUGCAUAUAAAUGUUUUUAUAUAUAUAUAUGUGUAUACAUAUAUGCUAGGCUUAUUUAUAUACUACUUGUGUAUAUAACUUUUUAAUUCUCUAGACUCUUAAGCAUAAACCACACACACACACGCAUUAAGAAUACAAAUGAACAUGAAAUGUGAAACAAGAAAAAUAUUUAACAAAACUUAAUCAUGAAAAUCAAGUUUGUUAUAAAAGCAAUAAAAGUGUAAGAAGAAAAUCCCCAAACAGAGACGAAGCUAAAGAAAGAGGGAGAGAGACAGUUAGAUAUCGUGAUGUUUCUUCAAGAAAAACAAAA